AAGAACACAUUUCGCGCAGUCAUGGCUUACAAAAACGGUUCGAUUCAAACGGGUUUCCAGGAUAUUCAAGUUUAUACUGUGGAUAACGACGCCACUCUUCAGAGACUACCUUCCUUCGAUCCAGCCAAUCGCGUCACCCUCUCUUGGCACAAUAUCAAUGCAUUUGCGAAGCCAAAACAAAGAAGGUGCUGGAAUUGCAAAAGUGACGAAGAAGCUGAAGAACGAAAGCAAAUUCUUAAAGAUGUGAACGGAGAGGUCCAGCCGGGCCACCUGCUGGCCAUCAUGGGAGCCAGCGGCGCUGGCAAGACCACCCUUCUCAACACUCUGACCGCCAGGAACCUUCGCAGACUGGACGUGACCGGUGAAGUGCUCGUGAACGACCAGAACGUCGGGGAGAAUAUGGCCAGAGUCUCGGCCUAUGUCCAGCAGGACGAUCUCUUCGUCGGGACUCUGACUGUCCGGGAACAUCUAGUCUUUCAGGCAUUGCUAAGAAUGGACAAGCAUUUGACUUACCAAGAAAGAAUGAAACGAGUUGGCGAAGUUAUUUUGGAGUUAGGACUAAGUAAAUGUGAGGACACCAUAAUAGGAAUAGCGGGAAGAAUCAAAGGUAUUUCUGGAGGAGAAGCUAAGAGGUUAGCUUUCGCUGCCGAGGUGCUGACGAACCCAUCUCUCAUGUUCUGCGACGAACCAACCUCAGGUUUGGACUCUUUCAUGUCGCAGAGUAUCAUCUCAGUUUUAAGGAACAUGGCGGAAGGUGGAAGAACCAUUGUUUGCACCAUCCACCAGCCAUCUUCAGAAGUGUUCGAAAUGUUCGACCAACUUCUACUCCUCGCCGAAGGAAGAGUCGCCUACUUGGGGAAAGCUUCUAAGGCAACAGCAUUCUUCGAAAGGGCGGGGCUCCGUUGUCCCAUCAACUACAAUCCGGCUGAUUUCUUCAUCCAUAAUCUGGCAAUAGUGCCAGGAAGGGAGGACGAAUGCAAAAGGAAAGUUCAAGCUAUUUGCUCCCAAUUUACAAAAGAAGGCCUACACAUAAAUUCGACAACGUCGACCGGUUGCUCCUUUACGCCUGGCGAUGUUACUUAUAAAUCUCGAUACAAAGCUUCCUGGUGCAAGCAAUUUCGUGCUGUAAUGUGGAGAUCUUGGAUCAGUAUGAUUAGAGAACCCAUGCUGACUAAAGUUCGAUUUUUCCAGACUUUGAUAAUCGCAUUGUUAUUGGGGUUGAUCUACUUAAGACAGGAUUACGAUCAGAAAGGCAUCAUGAACUUGAACGGAGCUCUAUUCCUUGCCCUGACGAACGUCACAUUCCAAAAUAUGUUCUCUGUAGUAAACGCGUUCUGUCUUGAGCAGCCGAUAUUUUUACGUGAACAUUGGAAUGGAAUGUACAGAACUGAUGUGUACUUUAUCUGUAAAACAUUAGCUGAGGCACCAAUUCUCAUGAUGAUGACAGUUAUGUUUAUAACUAUCUUGUACUGGAUGGUUGGGUUGAAUCCAGAUUACAAAGCGUUUUUAAUAUCCCUAGCCAUUUUCAUCCUGAUAGCAAACACAGCAGCUUCAUUUGGCUAUAUGAUUUCCUGCUUGGCAAACACACUAAAUAUUGCCCUGAGCAUUAGCACACCUCUCUUAAUGCCACUUCUUCUUUUUGGAGGAUUUUACCUCAAUAAUGCAUCAGUUCCUGACUACUUCAUAUGGAUCAAGUACAUAUCAUGGUUCUAUUAUGGAAACGAAGCACUUUGCAUUAACCAGUGGUCCAGCAUUACUAAUAUAACUUGUCCUGAAAAUCCGUUGGCUCCUUGCAUGUCCACUGGUGAAACAGUUAUUGCUAGCUUAAACUUUGAAAAGGAUUACUUCGAAAGGGAUAUUGGACUCGUCGUUGCCUUGUUCGUCUUCUUCAGAGUCUUAGCAUUUAUUGCGCUCCUGAUCAAAUCCAGCCGGAAGACGUGAUGUUAUUGAUGCAUACCGUUUUUCUGCUACCCCUCUAAGUCAUGUCGUUCUAAUCAAAGAAAUAUUUCCACUCGGCUACUUUGUAGUGGCCAUAGAGGUUUUUAUCUCUUUCAACUUCUUACGAAGAAGCAUAAAGCAACGCCCGUACAGUUGAACCUUUAGCUCUUAAAUUUUAUGUGUACAAUCUAGAGUCUUACUUUUUAAAAUUAUUUUGCUUAUAACAAUUUUAGAAAAGAAAGAAAUUGUAUAGUACAACCGUCAGGAGCUGGCACUUGCAAACGCCU